AUGGGAAUCGUUUCAAUGGCAACCACUCUGUUUCUGCUUAUGGGUGUUGCACCUUUGGCUUUAGCUGGCGGCAGCCAUAACUACGGCGAAGCUUUAAGCAAAAGCAUUCUGUUCUUCGAAGCUCAGAGAUCUGGUUAUCUUCCUGGAAAUCAAAGAGUCAAAUGGCGAGGAAAUUCUGGUCUCUUCGAUGGCAAAGCCAAUGGGGUGGAUCUGGUGGGAGGGUAUUAUGAUGCAGGGGAUAAUGUGAAAUUUGGGCUUCCAAUGGCGUUUACAGUGACGAUGAUGGCAUGGAGUAUAAUGGAGUAUGGAAAGCAAAUGGGUGAGAGUGGUGAGCUUGGUCACGCCAUGGAUGCUGUUAAAUGGGGAACUGAUUACCUCAUUAAAGCUCACCCUCAACCUCAUGUUCUCUAUGGAGAGGUCGGAGAUGGUAACACAGACCACUAUUGUUGGCAAAGACCCGAAGACAUGACCACUUCUCGAAAUGCUUACAGAAUUGACCAAAAUAACCCUGGCUCCGACCUUGCUGGAGAAACUGCCGCUGCUAUGGCUGCCGCUUCUAUUGUCUUCCGUCGCUCUAACCCGGCUUAUUCUCGAGAGCUUCUCACCCACGCGUACCAGCUAUUCGAUUUUGCCGACAAAUACAGGGGUAAAUAUGACAGUAGCAUCACCGUGGCCCAGAAAUACUACCGCUCUGUCAGUGGAUACGCUGAUGAAUUGCUAUGGGGAGCUGCUUGGUUGUACAAGGCAACAGGCAAUGAGUACUACUUGGAUUACCUGGGUAAAAAUGGCGAUGCUCUUGGCGGGACUGGGUGGGCCAUGACUGAGUUCGGUUGGGAUGUUAAGUAUGCCGGGGUUCAGACCCUUGUCGCUAAGUUUCUAAUGGGAGGGAAAGCAGGAAAUCAUGCUCCUGUGUUCGGGAAGUACCAAGAAAAGGCAGAAUUUUUCAUGUGUUCUUGUCUUGGAAAGAGUAGCCACAACGUGCAGAAGACUCCCGGUGGUCUAAUUUUCAGGCAACGAUGGAACAACUUGCAAUUUGUCACGAGUGCGUCUUUCCUCCUCACCGUGUACUCCGAUUACUUGACGUCCGCCCGAAAAAGCCUACAAUGUUCUUCGGGAACUGUUGCCCCCUCGGAGCUACUUGCAUUCGCUAAGUCACAGGUGGAUUACAUUCUUGGAGACAACCCAAGAGCAACAAGUUACAUGGUUGGAUAUGGAAACAACUUCCCACAACAAGUGCACCAUAGAGGUUCAUCCAUUGUUUCGGUUAAGGUUAACCCAUCGUUCGUUAGUUGUAGAGGUGGUUAUGCAACAUGGUUCAGUAGGAAAGCAAGUGACCCGAAUCUUUUGACUGGUGCCAUUGUUGGUGGACCCGAUGCCUAUGACAAUUUCGCGGACCAUAGAGACAAUUAUGAGCAAACCGAGCCUGCUACUUAUAACAACGCUCCUCUUCUUGGGAUAUUGGCUAGGCUACAUGGUGGUCAUGGUGGCUACAACCAGCUGCUUCCGGUUGAAAUUCCUGUUGCUAAGCCUAUUGCUGUUCAACCAAAGCCUACCCCAGUUAAAGAAACUUCAUCUGCAGCUCCAAUUGCAAUUGAACAAAAGACUACAACUUCAUGGGUGGCCAAUGGGAAAACAUACUACAGAUACUCAGUUGUUGUGGCUAACAAAUCUAGCAAGACCAUCAAGAACCUCAAUCUAUCGGUCUCCAAGCUCUACGGUCCACUAUGGGGUCUAACCAAGACCACAGGCGGCUCAUAUGGGUUCCCAACAUGGGUUCGAUCAUUACCCGCUGGGAAAACCAUGGAGUUUGUGUACAUCCACACGGCUUCACCCGCAGAAGUUUCGGUCUCGAGCUACACAUUGGCUUAAAUCAAGAUCAAGAAUGCGAAUCAAUCGAUAACAUGCAAACUUGAGGUUAAAAAUUUAUGGGGUUUUAAAGAUUUGUGAAGGCCUGCAAGAAUGGGGUUUUUUCAAGUUGUGAUUCUUUUUGUGGUGUGUAAGUAUGGAGGAAGAAAGGAGUGAAGAGAUAAAAUGCUCAUCCUCUUUCUCAUCUUUUAGUUGAGUGGAAAGAUAGAGUAGUUGUUUGUUUUUGUGUGUGUGUUUUUUUGUACUUCAAAUUAGGAUUUUGAAGGUGUUUUUUGCUUGUUUUUGGUGUGUGUUUUUGUGUUGUAAAUUUGGCAACAUCUAAAGUUCCAAUAUGAAUAUAGAUUGCAACACAUUUUAUGUCUUA